AUGGCAAUAGCAGCAAAAGACCUAUAUGCAGACCCUAAGUUCCACAACGAUUACUCGGGUCUCACGUACAACUUUCGAACAUGGCUAUAUGACGUUGCAGUGUUUGUGUUUGACGUAGUGUUCACGAUUUUCUUUAGGGAAAUCAACGUUCGGGGCACGUAUCAUUUGCCCAAAAAGGGUACUCCAACUAUACUCGUUUGUGCGCCUCAUGCGAACCAGUUCAUCGACCCAUGCCUAGUGAUGUCGCAGACCAGGAAGGUUCCCGGUUCCCGUUCCAGACAAACAUGUUUUGUCACAGCAGAGGGUCCGAUGAAGAAGAACAAGUAUGUGAAAUUGUUUGGGUCGUGGACCGGAGCGAUUCCCGUGGCUAGGGCUCAGGAUAAUUUGAAGCCGGUGGACCCUGCAAUUAGAUUGUGGGUUCCCGAUUAUGAAAACGACCCAACACUGGUGAAACUUGUUUCCGUGGAGCCAGAAAGGGUUCCUGUUGAGGCAUCGCGCAGAUUCACUGCAAAGUCCCUGCUUGGCUUGCAAAACUACUUGAGCAAUGCUCAGAUCGAGGCUGUGAUCGACGAUGAAACGAUAAGGCUUCGCAAGCCAUUCGCUGACAAAGAAUCUGUGAGAAAAUGCAUUAGCGAGCCAAGGCCUUUCAUGUACGCUGAGAAAAUCAACAACUCCACGGUGUUCGAAAAUGUGUUCAACCAUUUGCAUACUAAGGGCUGUGUCGGAAUCUUCCCCGAGGGCGGGUCCCAUGAUAGACCAUCCUUGCUUCCAAUCAAAGCUGGUGUCGCUAUCAUGGCAUUGGGUGCCGUCGCUGCAGACCCCACCAUGGAGGUCCACAUCGUGCCAUGUGGAUUGCACUACUUCCACAGGCACAAAUUCAGGUCCAGAGCCACUCUUGAAUAUGGUGAGCCCAUCGUUGUUACUAAGGAAAUGGGGGCGGAGUAUAGCAAGGAUCCCAGAGGAGCUGUAUCCACCCUUUUGAAAACCGUGGAACAGGCUCUUUAUUCUGUAACGGUGAAUGCUGAGGAUUACGAAACUUUGGUUGCAGUGCAAACGGCAAGACGACUCUACGACCCUUCGAAAUGGUUGGAUCCCAAUAUUGCAAGAUACUCAAGCAAUGGUGGCUCUGGCCACGAGAGAAUACCAUUGUCGGUAGUCGUCGAGAUGAAUAGAAGGCUCUUGUUAGGAUACUCCAAAUAUAAAGACGAACCUCGUAUUCAACAACUCAAGAGGGAUAUCCAAAAGUACAAUUCCAUGCUCUUUUCAAUGGGUUUGAAGGAUCAUCAGGUCGCGAAAUUGCAACCAGGAGACAAGAAAUGGACUGUGCUGAUGACCCUGUUGUUCAGAGCCAUCCAGGUCUACUUUAUGGUUCUUCUGGCGUUGCCCGGGACCAUAUUGUUCAGCCCAAUCUUUUUGACAUGCAAAUACUUUUCUCGUAAGAAGGCCCUUGAAGGGCUCAGAAAGUCUGCCGUGAAGAUAAAGGGCCAGGACUUGCUCGCUACUUGGAAAAUCGUCGUCGCACUAACUAUGGCACCAACAUUAUACCUUGUCUAUUCAUUGAUCAUGGUAUAUCUGACCAGAAAAUACCCAUCGAUAUACGACUGGUUAACGGUUCCUCAUUUCGUCUUCAAUAGCAAGGUAUUGUACUUCUGCCAUUGCUAUUUCGUUUUGAUGCUAACGACGUACAUUAGCUUCAAGACCGGUGAAAAGGGUAUGGACAUCGUUAAGUCACUACCACCAUUACUUGUUUCAUUAUUCUAUCCUCAGAGAACGUGUAAGAAGAUAAAGGAAACCAGAACGAAGUUAAGUCAAGACGUCACAUCAAUCUGCAAUGACUUGGGCCCAACCGUAUUCCCUGAUCUUAUGCCAAAGAGCGCUCCAAGCGAAAAUAAGGAGCAAGAAGGAGAAAGGGAAACCAAAGUGGAAAUGGAACCUAGGCAAGAUGCAGAAGCGAAGCAUAAGGAAGAAAAAGAAGACGAAGACAAUGAUAAUGAUAAUGAUAACGACAGCGACAAUGAUAAUGACAAUGACAAUGACAAUAUUUCAAGCUUUAGAAGCCGUGCGUUGUCAAUUGGUUCUGUAGAUUCGAGAGCCUCAAAUGCUCUAUCGCAGGUUAACUCCAGAGGAUCUUUGACUGAUGUGCCCAUUUUUUCUGAGGGUUCUCAUGCAAAUCUAAUAACUGAAGUAGAAUUCUCUGAGAAUCCUAUUAGCGUUGAGCCACGCAGCAUACAUUCCACAAUAUCUUCAUUGAUAAUGAAGCGGAGAUGGAAGAAUAAGGAGGAGUAA